UCAACACUCGACGGACGUUUUCGGAAGAGUUGUGGCCAGCCUGUAAUGCUGACUGCACGAAGUUGAAAAUAAGGACCGUAUCAAGCUAAGGAAUCAAAUCUUGACAUAAAAGUUUAUCAAAUAUGUAUAAAAAUGUCAGACCAUUACUCAACAAUUGACGAAAAUAGAGUUUUCCUAUCAACUUGUGUGAUAUUAACCUAUCUGUGAUAUCUUCGUACUUUGACGAUAAUGCGGUGUACUGAUUUUAAACUUUUUACAUUAAAAUAUAAUUGAUCGAGUGUUUGUGCGUGUGUUUCCGGCCUUAUUAAUUUUAUUUUAACUCGAAACAAUGUUGUACUUAGAAGAUUAUCUUGAAAUGAUCGAGCACCUUCCUCAGGCGCUGAGAGAUAGGUUUACAGAAAUGAGAGAAAUGGAUCUUUCGGUUCAAAAUUCAAUGGACAGCUUGGAAAAAAGGGUAAAAACGUUUUUUGCUAAUGCCAAGAAAAUGAAACCUGUUGAGAAAGAGGCUGAAUAUGAAUCUAUACGUAAAGAUUACUACAAAACAUUAGAAGAUGCAGAUGAGAAAGUACAUCUUGCGAAUCAAACAUAUGAUUUAGUUGAUCGUUACUUGCGGCGUUUGGAUCAAGAACUUCAUAAAUUUAAAAUUGAACUGGAGGCUAACAAUAAGGGAAUAACAGAUGUACUUCAAAAGCGUUCUUUGGAGCUUGACCAGCCUCAGGCUAAUAGUAGUCAGAAAGAAAAUAGGUUUAACUUCAAUUCUACAAGAGCAUCACAUCAUGAAAAGCGACGUGAUUCGAAUUCAUCAGCUGUGGGUGCAGAGAAGCGGCUGGCUGUGGAGAAGGCGUGCUCAUCGCUCCCAGAACCCCGACCAGCUGCCGCCACCGUGACAUCCGGCAGUGUUUCAAACCCCACGGCCUUGUCACCAGCGGCGGUGACACCUUCUAAUGUCAACUACAACUUAGCGCACAUUGGGGCAGGGGGCAAUGCCAUUGCUGCAGCAGCUUCGCAGGCCAUUGCAGCCACACAACAG